UUGCCGAACUAAAACAAAAAAACAUCAAAUUAAAAGAAGAAUUACAAAUAGAAAGAGAAGAAUUUAAGAAGUUUCAGGAUAAAAGUGUAGAAUACCAGAAAAAGCGGGAAGAUAAAAUAAAAGCAUUAGAAGAACAAAUAGUUCAGAAAUUAAAAGAAAAACAGGAGACGUCCGACUUUAAAAAAUCUGUAGAAAAUCAUAACAAGGAGCAAAAAAAAGAUCAAGAAUUAACUAGUUUUUGUAAAUUGAAUAAUGAUGACUUUUAUUUAAUCUUGCAAAAUUUAAAAAAAGAUCGUUCAACUCUAUAUAAUUGCCUUUUAGUUAAUCGUCAAUUUUGCCGUUUGACCGUGCCUUUGAUUUGGGAUGACCCUUUUUUUAGGUUGGGCGAUUCGGGACAAGAAUCUAAUAAAUUACCUCCCGAAGUAAAAAACAAAAUUGAACCAACCAAUGCUUCGCAAAAAAAUACCUUAUUCCCUUAUCCUGAUUAUUUGAAGUGUUUUGACAAUCGACAAGCAUUUAAAUACGUUAGUAAUUGGUGCAAAGAAAAAGGAAUAAAAGAAGAAAAAUUGCAUUUUGAAACUUCACGGGUCAUUCAGGGAAUACUGCUUUGUUUAGGAAAAAAUAUCGAAAUGCAAGUGUCCAAACAAGUUGAGAAACUUCACCGAGUUGAGAUUGAUUUUUACGACAAUAUACCGGCGAGUUACCAAAUUUUUUUUCAAAAUUUAAUAGAAGAUCGACCUAAAUCAGAACAAUUUAGACUAGAAAAUGUCGAGUCUGUGCCAUUAAUGACAUCCUCAAUUUUAUGCCGAUUAGAGUUAUAUAACGUAAGGUUUACUAAAGAAAAUCUCCAAAAUCUCAGCAAUCUACCUAGUUUAAAGAUUUUAAUAAUCAGCAAAACUAGAAAAGAAAAGAUUUAUCCUCUAAAAAAGUGUUGCUUACCAAGUUUACAGAAAUUGGAAUUGUUAGAAAAUUAUACUGGAUUGGACGAGUUUUUUCUGGAUAACAUCCAAGCAGAGGCAUUAAAAACUUUGGCUAUUUGUAAUAUUGAACAAAUUUUCGAGCCAAACACAUUUAGCCAAAAAA